AUGACCGGCGACGAGAACAAUGGCGAGCAAAGCAGCAACGCGACACCGAAUAACACCCAGCCGAUGGCGAUUGCUGAGAAACCUGCGAAAAAGAAAAGGUCCCCAGUCAAACCCAAGGGCAGAAAGGUCGCGAAACAAGCCGCCCGACCUGAUGUGAAAGAGGAGGAGCAAGCCGAAACCGAUGUGCAGCUCCCUGAGAUAGGAACUUCGAACACAUCAAUUGCUCCCGACGACGAGGAACAGAAUGUCAAUAUCUCUGACCAGCCGAGCGCAAAUGUCAACAGAGCGAGGCCCUCAGCCACAUCAAGUACAACCUCGGGACGCCGUGUCCAGCCAAAAUCAACAAAGUCCAACAUCAAGGCCAAGUCCAGGUCCAAGACCAUCGCGGUCGUCGAGCCCCGGGAAAUGGACGAUCCCGAAGCCGAGUAUGAUUCCGACAUUCCAUACAUACCCAAAGAUCUUCGGAAAGAGCUACGUGAACGGCUAUCUUGGGCUGGUCUCACAUAUCCCGAGACCUGGCGUCCACGUGUCGAUAGCCCCUUCGAUGCUCCUCCCCCGCCUCCGGAAAAUCCACCACCGGCCGAUUCUAUUCUUGUAGCAGGUUUGGCGGACGGCGAGGUAGGCUACCUUCGCCAACUGUUGCGAUACUGGACAUCCGAAGAUAAGGGCUGCAGGACUGCCAACAAGUUCUUCCACCGGCUCCACUACACCUACAAGAAGGUGGAUUCGCUUCCAGAGGCUUUGGCAAGGCAUGACCGGGUAUUGGCUCUAACUCUGGAUCGCCUCGCACGAGCGAUCCCCUUCGAACUAUUUCUUUGCCGGCUCGACAGAGGCUAUGAAGACACUGACAUCGACCCUCAACAAGUGUCUCCCUCCUACGUCAUUGAGGAUCUGGUUGACUUGCAGGGCCGAACCUACGCAAAGUUUGUUCCCGUUGACGAGAAUGACUGGACACAAAAGACCACCGAACAUCGAAAGCCCAAACUCCUUCCUGGUUACUGUGAUGCAGCCCUCGUCCUUGUCCCUCGAGAUACUGUGGCCGACUUCCUGUGGGAGACCAUCGAAGCAAACGGCCCGCCGACUGCCAAGUACAACGUCACUCAGACUCCUCUGCGUUCGUUGCUCGAAAAUUAUAGGACCCUAUGCUCAAGGAGCGUCGAAGAUCACGUUCGCUAUUGGCCCAUCUUCAGCAACCUCAUCCGGAGGGCAUGUACCUGGGAUAACGAAAAGGGACUUGGGUUUAUGCCUGGGGAGUUGGUGGAGAGCAUUCUCAAGGCUUGCAUAUCUGCCAAGGACUGGGAUUUGUUUACAUUUGCCGCGGGCUUUACGGGAUUUGCCUUUCGCAAACUGCCUUACGAUCCCCAAUCCUUUGUCAAAUGGGCUCGUGCUGAGAUCACAGAAGGGAGAGCCACCUUUCAAGACAUUCAGGAGGGUAUUCUGGCCAUCUCAGUCUCCCACAGCUUGAUCAAGUACAGGUGCUCCUCAAUUACCGCCUUCUACGAGACCACGGACGAAACAGUUCCCCGAGAUUGGGCACGGAACGCAGUAGUCCGCAUAGCUGACUUUCCCGGUUGGCAAAUCAUCGGCCAACAAGAUGGAAGUGAACUUGUUUCCGCCCUGAAGACCUGUUUCAGAAUGGGACCUGACUUCAUAGAACUCGCCACGAAGUUAGUGAGACGAAACUCGACAAAGAUUCCCUUCCUUCUGGGCUUUGCCAAUGAACUCCACGAGACCUGCUCCACGGAAAAUGCAACAAAAAAGCUCUAUCUCGACUUGGCUGAACACAUUUUGAACGAAUUGCACAUCUACAAACUCCACAGUCGUUCCGCGGAGACGGCACGGGUUAGGGAAAUCAUCCAGCUUCGUUCAACCAAGGUCACGCAAGACCUAAAAAUGAUUAAAGCGGCAAUUGAAGGUAUCGACAAGGCCGACAUGUCUCGCUUCAUCUCUGGACUAAUCGCUGAAAACGCCGAUACCCUCCUUAUGCGCUUGACAAUGAAAUUGGUUGGCGACGCAAAACGCAUCCCGCUUCGUGAGCUUACCCAUCUCUGGGUUCCUUUCCUCUAUCUCCUCCCGGACGUCCUCGAAAAGCAUCAUAUCCCGCUAUCAACACCUCGAUAUCAAAACAUGUUCGCUGCUAUCAUGGAGAUGUACCUACUCAGGGAGGUAGGCAGGGCGCCGAAACAGAUCUGGCAACCUGUUAUGCGCACGGUCAGUUGUGACUGUGGACUGUGCUUCAGGGUCAACCAAUUUCUUUCCGAAUCCUGCUCUUUCAAAGCUGUUCGGAUUCACGGCUCCAGUACAGCUUUUGACCACGUACGACAUUACUUGACAGGACUGCGGGAGGGCAUCUCCUGUGACUUUGCGAUUGAUGCUGCUUCGGGCACUAUAACCGUCACGAAACGCUUGAAUCCUGAUCCUACUGCUCUUAAGCAAUGGGAGAUUAAGAAGAACAAAAUGAAGAAACAAAUUUUCGCAAAGUUUGAUCAAGCAAAGUUGCGUGCCAUUCUUGGCGAAGAAUAUUUGUGGUUUACAGGAUUUCAAUUCUUGGAGAACAAUCUUGAAAUUGAAGUUCAUGACGAGAAAGAACUUCCUCCACCUCCUGUGCACUCCGCGCCGCUUCUUGGGAAACCGAUUGAUCACUUCAUUAUCGGUCGACCGGAUCUCUCCACUCCGUCAGCCCAAGGGUACCGUCAACCUGUGGCAGCUCACCAGAAUCACCAUCAUCCCUUUCACCAGUCUACUGUCUCUGGCUAUCAAGGUCCGCAACCAGGUCAAGCGCGCCCACAGCCUGUAGGGACAUACUACAGUUACCAGCUUCCUCCGCCUAACCAGGGUCAUCGUGCCCCGGCCAACCCCUGGGCUUAUUCGGAUCCUACCUCUCAAUCAACCCAAUCCGGUAACUUCAUAUCGGCUUACUCAGACGGCUUCGCCGGGUCCAUCCAAAUGACCAACAACGUCAACAACCCCCAAACAACCACCCAUAUUCAGGAUACCUUAGAGCAUGGUCGCCAACUAUUCUUCUUUGAGGAGCAAAUCGUGAUCCAGAGACAAUUUCCCAGCUGGCAGAGUGGUGCGAUCAAUGCGGAGCUAUGGAGACGAUGGACUACCAUGGCUUCUAGUCGUCAAGAGAGUUACGUGAGCAGGGCAACGGUGGCCCAAAACCAAGCUCAAACCCAGGCCCAUCCCUCCUUGCCUGCGCCACAUCAUUCAGCACCCCAGCCUUCAGGCUCAAGCUUGUCUGCGGAGGACGAUUUAAAGGCCGGCAGGGAAUACUACUUUUCGACACAGAUGGGCUCUCUUCGAGCAAAGCACCCAACAUACAGCCACCAACUCUUGUUAGAUAAAAUUUCGACAGCAUGGAGCUCAUUGCCACGGACCCAUCGCGAAUGGUUCAACAAGCAAGCCUUGUUGCAGAAGCAACAGCAGCCCCAGCUCGCUCCUUUGGACAAUGCGAGGGCUGUGGGUCCGUCGGGAACUCGGAGCAUCCCGUCUCUUUCUAGCAUUGCACCUCCUCCACCUCCUAGCGUAGUCCCAGGCAUGCUCCCAGAUCAAGCUCAACCUUUCCCUUCUGUUCAAAGCAGAGUGGCGGCGUUACGUGAGGAGGCCAAGGUGACACUUACCACGGCGCUUGCGAUCGCAAAACCCGUUGUUGACAAAAAUGGAAUGGUCGCCGUUCGUACAUCUACCAGACUGUCGAUCCCAGAGCAGGAUUAUAUGGAAAGCAAAGCACGACUUGCCCCGUACCCAAAUGUCGCUCAUCUCGAUCCGUGCCGCAAGGAUCUGAACCGUGGCCGGACCUGGUGGAUAAACAAAUACACAGAUGGUCUUUCGCGUCUACUCUCAGGCACGUCGGAACAACAAAUCAGGCAGCAACUUGGCGUUGAGUGGGAAACCUGCCUAACUAUGGGUGAUCGUUUGAGGACCGAUGAUAUGGCACGUAUUGAAGAGGCGAAGUCGGCUCUCGCUAGGGAACGGAACAGUCUAAAUGAGGUUAUGUUACAACGGGCCACGAAACGGGCGAGAACAUACGGGGCCUCGACUUCUGCGACGGCUGCCGGCUCUACGCAAAAAGGACCGGCUUCAGCCUCAGCCACAUCACCGCCUGUGUCCGGCUACGAGGUUUUUGCUAAAGAAAUGGAGGGACGCCUUCGGAAGAGGAACUCCGGCGCCUCGGCAGCAUCGCUCAAGUCGGUGAUACAACGGCGAUGGGAAGCGAUGAGUGAAACGCACCGGGCAGUCUACGCAACCAUGGCCUUGGAUAAAGCAAAGUCAGGAUCUGGUACCGUGGCCCCCUCAACCUCGACCUCAACCUCAACCUCAACCUCAACCUCAACCUCAACCUCAACCUCAACCUCAACCUCAACCUCAACCUCUGCGAUAUCCGCUUCUACCAGCACUGCUGCGCCAAGCCGCAAAUAUGACGGUUUUGAGUAUUAUCUCAACACCGAAGGCCUUAACGUCAGAAGAAAGUAUCCUGAAUAUUCCUACGACCAAGUUGUCGAAGCCACGAAGCGGCAAUGGGACGCUUUGACGUCCACGGCAAGGAGUAAUUACAGUAACAAAGCGUUCGCGGCCGCACAACAUCCGCUCGAUAAAGGUAUUUUCACCUGGCUGGAAGAUACAUUUAAGAGAGUAGCCAAGGAUAAAGCAACCGUUUCAUCAACCCCGGCGGCGCAAAACUACAGCGCUUCUAGUAGCAGCUCUUCAGGACCCCCGCAAGAUGCCGGCUUCGAAUUUUGGUUAAAAUUUGAGGAACGAAAAAUCUACGAGGACAUGGCGGCGAAGGCAAAAGUCAACGCGGACAUAACAGUUAAGCCAACUGCCUCGCAGGCACCACCAAGCUCUUCAUCCGCAGCUACCGCUUCUACGAUCGGGGAUUGUAGCCAAUAUGACUCACCCUCGGAGUAUGGCCGGUACGACGGCUUCACUUGGUUUCUUAACAGCGAAGGAGUGGAUUAUAAGAAACAAAACCCAAAUGUCGCAUACAGCGAUCUAAGAACUGCAAUGUACGCACGCUGGUGUGGCAUGGACGGUAUAGAACGGAGCAAGUUCGAAAAGGUCGCGAGUACUUUGAAGCAGAGUGCCGAAGGUCGAGAGAUGUUCAACGGACUGAGAGAAGCUUACAGCCUGCCCCCGGGGCAAGAUCCGCAUGAGCGCCUAGCAGCCGCCAGGUGCCGCUCACCCUCGGAUGCUGGUCGAUAUGACGGCUUCACCUGGUUUUAUAACAGCGUAGGAGUGAGUCUCAAGAAACAAAUUCCAGACAUUGGAUACGACGAACACAGAACCGAAAUCUACUCGCAAUGGAGUGGCUUGAAAGCUAUGCAACGGCGCGAGUACGAAAAGGUUGCGUAUACUUUGAGGCAAAGUGCCCAAGGCCGGGCGUUGUUCAACAGACUAAGAGAAGCAUUCGACCUGCCUCCAGAACGAGACCCUCGUUCGUGGAUUCCGUCUCCCCCGCCGAAUACCGCCAGCGCUACCAGUGCCGCUGCCGCUGUCUCUUCUUCUACUACGAGCUCUAAUGCCACUAGUAGCAUGACACGGGAGGAUUGGGAACGAAAAUACGACGGCUGGAGUUUCUAUCUCAACACUGCAGGGACGCUUCACUGUGACAGAAGAACUUCAUACGACUCUGUUGUUGCUAAGAUGAAGGCGCGAUGGAAGAGCAUGAGUGCUGUCGAACGGCUUGCAUAUGAAGACGGGGCUAAGGCUGCCAGGAUGAGUGGUAGACGCCAAGUAACCUUUAACAACUUGAGGAUAGCUUGCGGCCUACCUGAGGAGCCGAUCCCCCCUCCCCCUGCUCAUGGCGCUCCGCGAGUACCGACUUCUUUAUCUGCCACUGCUACCGCUUCUACUGCCUCUUCUUCUGCACCAAGCUCUAAUGCAUCUAGAAGCAUUACAUGGGAGGCUUGGGCCCACAAAUACGGCGGCUUUAACUGGUUCCUCAACACCUGGGGACACGCUUUCAAGCAGGAGAAUCGUGAGCUGGACUACGAGCUAGUUGUCACUAUCACGGAGUCACGGUGGGAGCGCAUGACUCACGAAGAACGUCGUGAUUUUGAAGAUAAGGCAAAGCGGAUGAGGGUGAAUGUGGCAGGUCGCCGGAUGUUCAACAAAUUGCGGGAACUUUGCGGCUUACCCGAGGAGCCAGACAUGCCCGAACCCGCCAAGACGGUAACGCCUCGUACUCCUUUUCCGAGCACAUGGCGCGGCAGUGGCCUCAAAGCAGCCACUCCUUUACUGUCCUCCUCGCCCACGCGACCUGACCCGGCUUCCUUCUCACCAGCUGACCGUGCGUUGAUGGAGAUCGAGCCCAACAGAAUGGCUGCCCCCUCUUCUAGCGCCGCGCCUGCCACGCCCGGGUUGAGUAACAAGGUGGCCAAGAUUGACAUCACCAGUGCUUGGGCUGUCAAAUCUAGUAGGCUUAAAAUUCCGCCCUUGACGCCGAGAUCCGGGGGCGGAUCGGCUUCGGCGUUUGGCUCGGGAUCGAAGUCGGCGCCAAGGGGCGUGAAGAGAAAGGCUGAGCCGGAUGUGAUCGACUUGACUUUGGAUGAUUGA